AUGCCAACUGCGCGACGUUUACAAGCCACGGUUCUAUAUCACACUUCCGAAACAUGGCACUUGGAAAAACGGUUCGAUUUGAAUUUCGAAAAGCUGCCAAGGCGCUGUUAUGUAUUCCUACCAGUCGAAAUCUAUCCUGAAAGUACACAGGAGCGAUUGCCGAUUCUCCGCCAUUUUGAUGCCCCGCCUGUUCUGGCGACCAAGAUGUGCACUGAGAUUAAUGGAUAUUUUGGAUCUCGCAGUAAAUAUGACGAGAAUGAGAGACUGAGAAAUUACAGUACAUGGAUGCGAUGUCUCGUGAAAAUGAUCCUCGAAGAAGCCCUACCCAAUGGCAAAGACUACAAAUGGAACGAAAUGACUUUCUUAACUCGAUGGGAUUGCGCCCAAAAAACCCACCAAGUUCUAUGUGUUGACACGCCAGACCACUUCCCUCUGAGAAUGCUGGAUGCUCUCCGAGGCCAGGGCACCGGUGGUGGUGAAAGCCAUAUGUUGCGGAGCUCAGGCGUGGACUAUUUCAAUGAUCCGUUCUCCAUGCAUGCUCCUCUGUUAGAUCAAGUUGUUGAAUGGAACGAUGAGUCUGUAUGGGCUAUUAGGCACCCGAUUCGCGUAAUUGAAAAGAAACGUCCCGAGUCCCAGCCAGAUUUUGAGGCCAUGCACGAAAUAUCUCGGCACUCAAUCCACGUCUCCGAGGUUCUGCUGGUCACAAUCCAGAAUUUCGAGAUGUUAAGAGAACAGCAGACUUAUAUGCACAACCAAUGUGGUUUCGCAAAGGAGUACCGCGAGCAAGCACAUGAGUAUUUGAAUUUCCAGAUUCAGAUGCUCAGGAGUCUGAGAGAACGGUCGAUAUCGAAUCAUUCGCGAUUGACGAGUGAGAUUACUGUUUCAUUCUUCAGCACUACCUUUUUCACUUUUGGCGAGGAAGGUCUGCAGGCCUCGAAGCAGAUGUGGUUAUACUGGGUGGUAACCAUUCCAUCCACGCUGUUGGUGGUUGUCUUUUGGCGGCUGCUGCUCCAUAGAAGCGCGCCGAUGACACUCGAAGCAGCAAAGAUAGCGGCCAUGUCUAUGUUCAAGAGACGGCGGGAUAGGAAGAAAGAGAAGAAGAACGAGAAAGAGAAAAAGAAACACUUAACAGCCAUCAUGUUGACAAAAGCAGCAACGCGCUUGUCAUCAUUCAAGCGGAAAUUCGUCCUUCGUGCUGAGACGCUUCAUGCACGAAUCCCCGCCAUCAAGAAGGUUCCUCUCCCAGCACUUGGGAUUAUAUCGCUCAUAGCGUUUAUCAAUUUACUCGUUUGGGCUGCCUGCGGUGUUGUGCUGCAUUUCUAUCCCUCAUUGGUCUCAACCGCUGCUAUAUCGUAUUCGCUGGGCCUGCGCCAUGCCCUCGAUGCAGAUCAUAUAUCCGCAAUUGACCUCAUGACUCGACGUCUGUUAGCAGGUGGCCAACGGCCAGUCACUGUAGGGACAUUCUUUUCCCUCGGGCAUUCCACCAUCGUCAUAAUAACCUCUAUCGUGGUUGCAGCCACCGCAGCAGCCGUCUCGAGUCGAUUCAACGGCUUCAGCACUGUAGGCGGGAUAAUAGGGACAGCCGUCAGCGCCUCGGUUCUGAUUUUGCUGGGCCUGAUGAAUGCGUACAUUUUGUACAAACUCGUGCAACAGAUGCGUAGAGUGCUGCCUUUCUAUCGCCACCGCCUUCGUCAGCAGCAAGGAGACGGAGGCAUCGAUGGUGAUGAGGGUGCGCUAGUUCAAGGUGAGAGCGAGAACGAUAUCUGGAAGAUUGAAGGAGGUGGGUUUUUGUUUUCGAUUCUUAGGAAGUUGUUUGUGCUUAUUGAUAGACCUUGGAAGAUGUAUCCUCUUGGAGUCCUGUUUGGAUUGGGAUUUGAUACAUCCUCCGAAAUCGCCCUGCUUGGAAUAUCGUCUGUAGAGGCGAGUCGCCAGUCAAACUUUUGGGUGAUUCUCAUUUUCCCCAUUCUCUUCACUGCCGGAAUGUGUCUCAUUGACACAACGGACGGUGCUUUGAUGCUGUCUCUCUAUGUCCAACCCGCCGCAAACUUCCUACCCUCGACCCCAGCAGUAGAGACACAGGCAGGACCAGCCCCUGAGACAGAACAAGUCUCAGGCCAGUUCCUGACAGAGUCCUCUCCACCGGGCAUCAGUGACGAGAAUGGCAACCAACAAUGCCCCAGCCCACAAAAUACUGAUAUUACCAACUCUAACAACGGCAACGACAACCAGCGCGACCCAGUGGCCUUCCUUUACUAUUCCAUCGUCCUAACAACACUAACCGUGCUGGUAGCCCUCGUCAUCGGCAUUCUGCAGGUAUUGAGUUUAGUAUGGAACGUCACGGGUCUCACAGGUCCGUUCUGGCACGGAGUUGAGAUUGCAAAUGAUUAUUAUGAUGCCAUUGGAGGUGGCAUUUGUGGCUGUUUUGUUAUCGUCGGUACAAUGAGUGUUGUUUGCUAUAAGCCGUGGAGGAGGUGGGUUGGCAUUGACGGUGAUGUCGACAAUGCAACAACAUCGACAGAUCUGGAACGGCAAGCGAACAGUGCUGGUGAGAAGGGAUGUUUUAGUGCAGGAGGAGUUUGUGAUAAAGACGGGUCUGCAAUUGUUUCUCAGUUAGAUGCGAAGGUGUGA